AUGCUCACCAUGGCCGCUUACAGGGGCUUCGACCAAGAGAUGGCAACGAGGGCUCAGGGUUCCGCCGGCCCCGCGCACCUGCGGUUCUCGCCUUAUGCCUUCAAUGGAGGUACUGUAUUGGCAAUUGCUGGAGAAGAUUUUUCCAUUGUUGCUUCAGACACUCGGUUGAGUGAAGGGUUUUCAAUUCAUACCCGAGAUAGCCCCAAAUGUUAUAAACUAACAGACAAAACAGUCAUUGGCUGCAGUGGUUUUCAUGGAGAUUGUCUUACUCUGACGAAGAUUAUUGAAGCAAGAUUAAAGAUGUACAAGCACUCCAAUAACAAGGCCAUGACCACCAGCGCAAUUGCUGCAAUGCUUUCUACCAUCCUCUACUCACGGCGCUUCUUCCCGUACUAUGUCUACAACAUCAUCGGUGGACUUGAUGAAGAAGGAAAGGGAGCUGUGUAUAGCUUUGACCCAGUGGGCUCCUACCAGAGAGACUCCUUCAAGGCUGGGGGCUCAGCAAGUGCCAUACUGCAGCCUCUGCUUGACAACCAGGUUGGUUUCAAAAAUAUGCAGAAUGGACACAUGCCCCUGUCUCUGGACAAAGCUAUGCGGCUGGUGAAGGAUGUCUUCAUCUCUGCAGCUGAGAGGGACGUGUACACUGGCGAUGCCCUCAGGAUCUGCAUUGUGACCAAGGAGGGCAUCAGGGAGGAGACUGUUCCCCUGCGGAAAGACUGAUUGUGAGCCAUG